CGUAACGUCAGUCGCGCGCCGCCCGUCGCUGCGCCCAGACCCGCUCGUGCUGUCGCCCCGCGCCGCCGCCACGCGCCCAAUGGCGCCCCGACAAGCACCUAGCUCACGCGGGUAAUCUGCGGUGAGCAGCGGACGGCCGCGUAGCAAACACAUGCUAACGAUAUGGAUACAGUAUGGCCGCGGCACAUUGGCACAACUCGCUGGGAGGCCUGUCGCUGUCGCUCUUAUGUCUCUUCGCCGCUACUCUUCAAGUCACAAGCGUGGUCGCGGGCGAGUCACUGGAGCUCUCGAGCAGGUCCGCGCUCGCCGACCCCUCGCCUACUAAACUUCCAAAGUGCGACCAGACGUUCGUGAGCCGCGACGGCUUGAUCAAUGGCACGUUCAACGCGCCCGAGCUCAUCAACCCCAACAACCACAGCCGCCAGUGCCUGUACACCUUCCUCGCGGCGCCGGGCCAGCGCGCGCUCAUCGAGUUCCGCACCUUCGACCUGCGCGGCAAACCCCCUGAUGGCGCCGCGGUGGGGGAGCUACCAGCAUGCAUGCACGAGUACAUGGACAUAUACUCGGAGAUGGCGUCACUGGAGGCGGGCGAGCUGGUGAACUCUGCGUUCGGCGGGCGCUACUGCGGGCCCAUCCCGCCGCGCCGCCGCGUGUCGCUGCACCGUGCCGUGGCGCUCUCCUUCUACACCGACAAGCCCUACACGCCGCCCUCGCUCUUCACUGGCUCCUACCAGUUCAUCAACGCCUCGGAGUUCGAGAUCGGCACACCGGUUCCGAACACCAUGUGCUCGUUCAUCAUCGACGCGAGCAAGCGCAAGACGGGGCUGCUGCUGUCCCCCACGUACCCCGGCGUGUACCCCAAGGAGCUCACCUGCAACUACCAUUUCAUUGGGCAGCCGGGGCAGCGCAUCCGGCUCGAGUUUCGUGACUUCGACCUGUUCUUCGGCGGGCCUCAUUGCCCAUUCGACUGGGUGAGGGUGUACGACGGGCCGGACAACACGUCGGCGGUGGUCGGUACGUACUGCGGCCAGCAGCGCAACCUUGUGCUCUACUCCAGCGACGAGCGCCUUCUGGUCACCUUCUACUCGCUGCCGCGCUCCGCCAACACGCAGAACCGCGGCUUCAAGGGAAUCUUCGAGUUCUCUGAGAGUUUUGUUAAGUUAGAUUUUAUAAGUAAACACGACGCUGAGCACAUUAGGGGCUCCGAGUGCGACCAGAAGAUCCUCAGUAAGAAGGAGUCUUCUGGAUUCGUGUACCAUCCAAAUUAUCCAUUCCCCUAUAUACAAAAAGUUGUUUGUAGAUAUUUUAUAUAUGGUAUGCAAGAUUCACAAAAUUUGGAAAGGGUGCGACUGGAGUUUCAAAACUUUUCUAUACCAAAAUCGGACAAGCCUAAACCAGAUAGCGCGUGCUCGGACGGGUACCUGAAGGUGUACUUGCGCGGGCAAGAGGCCACGGACUCGUACGACAAGCACGAUGCGGAGCUGUGCGGCGAGAGCUCGCCGGGCCCGCCGCCCUACCCGCCGCUGCUCACGUCCGACGGCCCGCGCCUCGUGCUCGUCUUCAGCUCGGGCGAGCUGCAGGGCAGGGGCUUCAAGGCCAAAUACACAUUUGAGACUGAGUACCGCGUACCGGGCACGGCGGCACCUACCGGCGAGUGCGCUUUCACGUAUCGCUCUGAGGCUCGCAAGCGCGGCGAGUUCAACUCCCCGCGCUACCCCUCUAACUACCCCUCGCGCAUGAACUGCACCUACACUCUCGACGCCACGCCCAACGAGCAGGUCACCGUCGUCUUCGAUCACUUCAAGAUGAGGGCCGACGCCUGGAAUGCCACGGCUGGUCUAUACGGCGGCGCAACAUGCACGGAGGACUGGGUGGAGGCGUGGUGGACGGGGCGUGAGGGCUCGCGCGUGUCGCUCGGCCGCUGGUGCGGCGUGGCCACGCCGGGCCCGCUGCGCUCGCCGCGCGGCGCGCUCGGCCUGCGGCUGGCGCUACAUACCGACGCGGAGAACGUCGCUUCCGGGUUUAAAGCGAGAUAUGUUUUUGAGCCGGCGAAAUCAAUAUUUGGCGAUUGCGGCGGCAACGUGUCCGGCGCCGAGUGGGGCGCGAUCACGUCGCCGCGGUUCCCACUGCCGUACGAGCCGCCCGCACGCGGCACCGCGUCGCGUGUCUGCAACUGGUUCGUCACCGCGCGCCCCGGCAAGCGGUUGCUGCUCAAUUUUGACCAUUUCGCUGUGGAGGGACAUCUUACCGAGCGCGGCUGCCCGGCGGCGGUGCUGCGGCUGUGGUACGAGUCGCCGGGGCCGCCGCUCGAGCUGUGCGGGGAGAAGGCGCCCGGCGACCGCUGGCAGUACCUCUCCUCGUCUAACUCCAUCCGCCUCUCGUUCAUAGUGGCAGACAAGUCCGUGGGCGCGGCGGGCUGGCGCGCCGUGUGGACGGAGGUGACGGUGCCGGAGACGGGCGCGUGCCCUCGGUCGGGGCCGGGCACGUGGGCCGCCGAGUGCGCGGGCGCCUGCCUGCCGCCCGCCGCCGCCUGCUCCGGCCUGCAGCACUGCGCCACCGCAACCGCCCAUCGCGCUCCGCACUGUUAGUAUCCCACGCUUACACACACCACACACACACACACACACACACACACACACACACACACACACACACACACACACACACACACACACACACACACACACACUACACCUACACGGCCCGCGAGCGUCCAAAGAGCGCCCAGAGGCCUCACCGAUUCUGCGUUAAGGUGAAAUUCGACCAAUCUAUAAGCGCCCACAUACUUUUUCAACUUUGUUGAAUAAUUCAUAACUUAUGGGUUUUUAAUGUUUCAAGUGAUAAUUUUAUUGAUUUCACUUAAUGAGAAUCUGGAGUAUUUUGCAGCGUUUUCUUUUUACACUAUUUGUAGUAAUAUUAAAAUAUAAAUGUUAAAAAUUUUUCCAAACCAAAAUCCAUUAUUCCUCAAUAGUCACGUCAUGUACGUUUCAUUAAAACGUUGUCUAAAGUAGGUACCUACUUUAAUGUGGAAAAAGGGAUUCGGUUUCAUUAGUACCUAGGGGUAGGGACUAAUCACAGCCACCUACCACCUACUUGACCUACUACUAGGUACUAGUCACUGCUAGUUAUACUGGGAUCAAAGAACCAUAAGUCGCAACUGUAAGAAGCAUUCCAGGUCGCUGCCUCUGCACAAGUCGAAUAGAUUUCUUUCAGGUGGGGACUUCUACAUUUGUGCCAAACUCUACACCAAUUAAAUUUUAAUAUGAUGUUAAGGAUUAUGUACUUAAGCAUUUAGAUAUUUUAUUGGUACACCUAAUGGUAUAACCAGCUUCGUCAAAGUUAUAUAACAUAUACAUGACAUGUUAUUGGGACAAAAUAGUUUUCGAUGGCAUUUACAAUCAAACAUCGGAAAAUGAGGACAUUAAUUUUUUCCGAACAUUACGAGUAAUUAAUACCGGUACAAAGUUUGAGUUUCAUAUCCAAGAAACAUGGACACAAAAUGAUAUAUAUUAUAUAAUAUACCUACCUACUUAAGUAUGUUACAAACGAAAUUAAGUACAGUAUACCUAUUAAAACAAUGUUUCUAGGAUAAGUCGUUAGAUAGUAUUUACUUAUAUAAGAAAGUGUUAUUUACAGUAGCGGUAAAUUUCAAAAUGAACCCUAGCUUAAUCGAAUUGUCGUUUUCAUAAAUUCGUAAAUUUCAUCGAAAUCGCUGGAGCCGUUUUCAAAGAAAUUAUUAAAAAAUAUAUGCAAAUGUAUCUGAAAAAAUAUGAUAGAUUAUUUGCCGCUACUGUAGAGUAUUGUUUAUAUUUAGUUAUACACUAGGUACGUAUAAACAUUUAAUAAUUUAACAGAUUUUAUAAAAUGUUAAUAGUAAAGCUUAAUUGUUAACUAAGAAUUGGCACCGCACUUUGCAUUCCCACUUAUGUAUGAAUUGUAUUUACACUGUUGCAUUUAUCGUCGCAUUCUAGGGAAAUUAUAAAAUUAUCUAUCUAUUUACUUGUAUCAUAACGAUUAAUGUAGCUUGUUGGAUCUUACGUGGAGUGAGCAGGGCCGCGCGCCAGCGCUCUUCGCUGCUGCUUACUCUUGCUUUCUUCUCUAUCAUUAUAAGAUGUUGUAUCUCAACACUGUAGUAGUAUUGAUAAUUAAUUAUUUUUAAAGAAUCAUGAAUAAUGUUAUGUUCACUGUAUCUACUUAUCUUCUCAGUAUCGGUGGUUCAAUGCAAUCUUUGUCUCCGGGUGAUGUGACCGCCGCGCUGUUGCGUAGCGUAGAGUAGGGUAGGUGUAUUUGGCAUUAGGCCAAGUUUCACAAAUACCGAUAUUAUAUAUAUUGUUGAUGGACUAGCAGAAUAUAUUGACUAUGUUGCAAGA